UGUACAGCUGGGUGCCAGCUGAUAGCAAAUGAUGAAAAAUCAAUAAUAUGGCCAUAAUAUGGCCUUCUAUAUAAUUUAUUUGUAUAGUAAAAUGAAAUAUUGAAGACAACGCGCUUUUAACGUAACAUGUGUGGUAGUAUUAUGUGAAAAGUGGUUCGAUAAUAAAAUGUCAGGUCAAAAUAUUGCUGUAAAACUUUGUGGGGUUCUUCAAUCUAAGGACGAAGGAGAAGUUACAGCUCGAGAAUGGCGUUUAGUUGGCCAGGAGCAGGACGGAUCGCAGAUCUUAACCUGGAUAUCCACAAAAAAUGGCAACGAAGUAAUGAAUGUUGGUGUUUACACAAAUAAAUCGAAAACUCUAGAGAUUGUACACAUGUUCGAAGCAAAACUAAAUAUCAUCCAGGCAUCUGUUAACUCAAGUCGCAGUUUACUCGUCUACGUAGUCAAAGUGGUGCCGACUGAAGAUUGUGUAGAGAAAGAACCUCUGUACUGUCCAUUUCUGAUAUCCUUGUUGCCUGAUAAAGUAUACACACCUGAAGAGGUGGAGGAGGGGUCUACAAAGCAGAUUAUGUUGCAGUUUGUGUAUGGCAAGAGUAAUAAGUACAGUCCAGGAAUAAGGAAUGACCGUUUCCUACUCUUCAAGCAUUUGGAUUGCAUCAAAAUAUAUCGCUCCCCAUUGUUCCUCAAUGAAUGUGAUGAUGGCACUGAGAAGUGGGGCUUUGAUGGCAUCUAUCCAGAGCCAGAGACUAUAGUGAACAUCUUUUCUUGGGCACAGUGGGACUGUGCUAAUCAGGUCCUCUUCUACAUCCACUACCGCGCACCGACGCAGAGCUUCGCGGAGGGCGAGGAGGUGAAGUCACCUUCCGAGCUGACGCCCACGCUCUCCGCGCUGCAGUUCCACGCCGACCUGCCGCACGAAACUGUGUUAAACAUUCCCCUAAGUCUGCCGCAUGUACCAGGAGCGCACGGCGCCGCAGCGGCUUGCGGCUCUUACGAGGACGAUCCCAUACCGCUUCGUGUGCACGACUGUAGCCUCGAUCUGUACAUUGUGUGCGAUCAGCGUGGCUUGCUGUGUGUGUGCCAUCACUAUUUAUAUAAGCCACUCGACGACUCCACAAAUUCCUUGGUACUGGACGACGUAGACUUGAAAGACUCCGGUGUCAACUUUGCAUAUUCUGUGACGCUGCUGCAUCACGGAUGCGUGGUGCAUAGCGUGGUUCCUGAUCUGCCGUGGUCCCUCGCUAAGUCCUUGCGACCUUCUUAUACCCUUUAUAAUGACAACCACCUCCUCGUCAACAUACCGAUGCUAUUCACGCACAUAAUAGACAUCAGUCCCCACCACGAACCCUGUUGCCACAUUGUCAUCCCCAUGGACCCAAGUGACAGUGGCCCCAGCCUUGCCCCUUUGCACGGCUGGGGACCCCACUCUAUGGUAGACCUUAACACUUUGGACGUGGUCACUAUGGGUGUCUCGGAAAAAGAUCUGACGUCAACCUUCAAGAGCGAUACGGUGAUCGAAAAUAAACUGGCCAUUAUGCAUUAUGUGAUACAACAUGAAGGGAAUAUGGAUUUGGCUGAGGAGUUAAUUUCGUGGCUAUGUCUCAACCAACACGACGGGCUGGGCGGCCUGCAGCGAGUCAUGCAGGAGUACCUGAUCGGCACCACGUACGCGGUGACGCGCCGCUCGCUGCCCGCGUCCGCCGUGGCCCUGAUGAACUGGCUGCCGUUCACGCUGCACUUGAAGUUUGCCGAUGUUAAGGCGGGAAACGCAAGCGUGUGCGUGUCGGUGUGUGCGCUGUGGCGCGGCGCCGCCGCGGCGGUGGUGCUGGCGCCGCGACAGCGCGUGUCGCAGUUCGCGGAGGACGCGUGGACGCGCCUGUGGGCCGCGCUGUGUGCGCUCGCCACACCCAAGAACCGACUGCGCCCCGACCACGUGAGGGACAGGCUCGCUGUCACUCUACACUGCUACCAGCCGGAAGCGUUGUCCCGCUGCAGCACGCCGAUGUCCCCCACGGGCCCUCCUAUCCCCACUCGGCGGCCCUCCCUCGUGGCGCAAGACUCGCUGCCGUUCAUGGAGCUGGACGUGUGCACGACGAGCAAGCAGGAGCACGUCAUUGCUGCGAACCUCCGCGCGGUGAGCGUGCACCUCAUGACGGAGAGUAGCGGCAGCAACUCGGGCGCGCUGGAGAGCGGCGUGCACGCGCUGGCCACGCGCUGGGCCGCGGCGCAGCUGGACGCGGCGCGCGCGCUGUGCCGCGCCGCCGUGCGCGCCGUGGGCGCCGUGCCGCAGCCGCACCAGACGCGCGGCUUUCCCUUCAUAGAUGAGAUGGACGCGACGCACGCGCUGAUCCUGUUCAAAGUGUUGGAGCAGUACUACGUGGCGACGGACUCGAUCGCGUUCCCGCUGCCGCAGGGCUUCAGCUCGUUCUUCACGUACCUCGGCCACCGCACGCUGCCCUUCCACGCCUUCGUGCAGUACGUGCACCGCAACGUGUUCGAGCUGCAGAUCGACGUGCUCAAGGCGAUCAUCGCGAGUAAAGACGACGACAACAAGCGGUCGGUCAACAACAAGCUGCGGCUGAUACAGAUAGUGGGCGAGGCGCGCGGGCGGCGCGCGCUGGCCGCGUGGCCGAGCCGCGCCGCGCUGGUGCUGCGCGCGCGCGACCACGCCGCCGCGCUGCUCAGCGGCGUCACGGCGCCCACGCGCGACCACGCGCCGCACCGCCCCGUGAAGGACACUGGCAUAGCAGCACUGCCGUCGGGUGAGCGGCUGUCCCCUCUCGACACGUUCCUGGAUCUUCUGACCGCGAAGGCGAGUCUCAACGAACUGGACUUCAACCUCAUCAUAGAGGCGACGCUAGCUUCGGUGCAGCAAGAAACCAAUGCGUAACUUAUCGCAAUCUACACUAAUUAAAGGAGAAACUGACUGACUAACAUCAACGUAUCCACAUACAAGUCAAACUGUUGGAUCUGAUUGAUUCCUCAGGUAAAAGUUAUU